AAGCAGCCGCCUGGUUGCGGUGGCUCGUGAAAUUUUGUCGGGAACCGUCGCCAUGUUUAGAAGUGUGCCGCACGUCCUUGAGCAAGUCCGAAUAAAAUGUUCCGUAAAAUAUUAGAUAUAUCUCAUGCACUGAACAUUACGUGAGGUACCUAUUUAUUUAUUUACAUUUGCUGAUAGCAGUUGUGCAGUUUAUUUACGUGGAUGCCGUGUCUACAUCCCAGAAUUUUGUGAUUACAUUAUGUGUCAUGUGUAAUGAGUGAUAAGCAGGGCGUGCCAACUUUGCCGCCCCUUUCCGGGGGUGGAAAUAACAAUGGGGGAAGUAGCACUAAUGCUGGAACUCAGCAAACAGUCAACUUGCAGCAAGUUUUGGCAAGCCAAGGACUUAAUGUUCUUACUACAGGAGGUGGCCAGCAGUUUGUCAUUACUUCUCAGGUUUCUGGUCUUACACAGGUCAUACCGAGUGGUACGACAACUAAUGCUGGCCUCCAACAAGUCACAAGGAUUGUUAACAUCGGAAAUAUAUCAACAGCAAGUGGUUCAUCCUUAACUUCGCCUAGUCGUCCAACUACGACAAAAGUUGUGCUAGCAACAUCUCCGAAGCUUGUGAGAACAAAUCUAGGAAACAUGUUUCUUGCGCCAACUUCUCAAUCAGGUUCAUCGCCUCCUGUCAAGAAACUCAAGCUUUCGGAAGCUGUAGAAAAGUCAACGAUACUUGAUGAUAAUUCAGGAUAUCGACGGCGAAUUAUGGAACACAAGAUUAAGAGAAUGCGAGCAAUUAGAGAAAAGUAUAUCGAAAAUGUAUCUGAACUUUUUUUUCUCAAUGCUGGUGGCAAUAUGAUGGAUUAUCAAGCUUGGAAAAAGAGGCCACCGACUGGGCCUUACCUUCAAUUUCUAAACCAACAUCGAUUAGAUCCAGAUGAUGAGAAUGAAGAUUUAACCUCACCAUUGCCAACAAUUACUGAAAUUCCUACAACGCUUUCUGCCUCUACAACUUCUAGUACAACUCAAUCAACACAAAAUAUUGAAGUGAAAAUUGCAGGGGUAGGUGUUACUCCUGUUGCCGUUUCUACCACUUUGCCUGCAGCUGUUGCUCAACUUAGUCAACAAGUAGGACAGGUCCCAGGUAGGCCUCAAGGCGGCCGACAUGGCAUGGUAUUUGCCAUCCGAGCAGCUAUUCAAUCUCCAACAGUGACUGUUCACCCUUCACCCACUUCUACUAUAGCACCCACGUUCAUUAUAGUUCCAGAGUCCCCGAAACCAUUGGUGACUGUAUCAACAACUUCAUCAGCGUCGAAUAAACAAGCCUUGGCUUCGACUUCUUUAAAAACAUCAUUAACUUCUACGUCCACGCAAUCUGCAUCUUCCUCUCAACCCGUGGUUAAACUCGUUAAACUGCCGCCUACGAAUUCUCCGUCGUCAUGUGAUACUCAAAAUAAUCAGGAGCAAAUCGUAGAAAAAGCGAAACAGGAAGCUUACGUCAUGCAAAGAAUUAGUGAAUUGCAACGUGAUGGACUUUGGUCUGAAAAACGAUUACCUAAGGUACAAGAACCUGGAAGAACUAAAGCACAUUGGGACUAUUUACUUGAAGAAAUGGUAUGGCUAGCAGCUGAUUUUGCUCAAGAACGAAAGUGGAAAAAGGCCGCUGCAAAAAAGUGUGCAAGAAUGGUGCAAAAACAUUUCCAAGAGAAGGCUAUCCAAGCCCAAAAAGCAGAAAAACUUCAAGAACUUCGGUUGAAAAAAAUUGCUGGAUUUAUUGCUAAAGAGAUUAAAACAUUUUGGGCUAAUGUUGAAAAACUUGUAGAGUUUAAACAACAAACAAGACUGGAAGAGAAGAGAAAAAAGGCAUUAGAUCAACACUUAAACUUUAUUGUUGGACAGACUGAAAAAUACUCCACGUGGCUAACAGAAGGACUUAAUAAAACUGAUGGUUCUCAAAGUGUUCCUGCCUCCAUAAAUAGUUCUCGUCUUUCAUCACCUGUACCAACUCAAAAACAGCAUUCAGAUGAUGAAUUCGAACCAAAUCAAAGUUCAGAAGAUGAUGAAGAAACAAUAGCGAAAGCUGAAGAAGAAAUGAAAUCCACAACAAAUCACAAAGAAGAGGUUGAGUUACUAAAAAAAGAGUCAGAAAUUCCAUUGGAAGAUCUUUUAAAAGAACUGCCACCAAAUUAUCUUGAAGAGAGAGAUAAAAGUUUGUCUCCAUGUCCGGAAGACAAUGAUGGAGAUGAAGAAGAAGAGGAAGAAGAAGAAAAUAAUAUUGAAGGUGACGCUGAAUUUACUGUGGCUUCAGAUGAAUCCACAGAUGAUGAAGAUACGAUUCGAGAACAAGAAGAGAAAGAAAAAAAUGCAGACCAUCAAAAAGAACUGGAUGAUCUCAAGGCUGAAAAUGAAAUGUCUAUUGAUGAACUGAUGGCUAAAUAUGGAAACAUGCCGGAGGCAUCAAUGGAUGUAGAUGAGGAGAGUGAUAGAGAGUCUGGAAAAGAAUCCGAGAAAGAAGAUGAGGAAGAAGUAGAAGAAAAAUCUGAAAGUGAAAGUGAAAGUGAAGAUGAAACGAAAGAUGAUGAAGAAGAAUCACAAUCCGCGAGUGAUGGUGAAACGAGUGUAGGUUUAAAAUCUCUUUUAGAAGAUUUGGGCGAUAAAUCUCCGAAUAAAAAUGUCAAUGAGUCACAUGUGGAGGCACAUAAUGAGAUGGACGAUGUUGCUGCAUUAGCUGAAAGCAUUCAACCAAAAGGAAAUACGCUUUUAACUACAAGUGUUGUCACAAAAAUUCCCUUUCUUCUUAAACAUAAUCUCCGUGAAUACCAGCAUAUUGGUCUUGAUUGGCUGGUAACGAUGUACGAUAGAAAAUUAAAUGGGAUUUUAGCUGAUGAGAUGGGUCUCGGUAAAACAAUACAAACAAUUGCGCUCUUAGCUCAUCUUGCUUGUGAAAAAGGAAAUUGGGGACCUCACUUAAUCAUCGUUCCUACAUCUGUAAUGCUCAAUUGGGAGAUGGAAUGUAAAAAAUGGUGCCCAGGUUUCAAGAUUCUUACUUAUUACGGAACUCAGAAAGAAAGAAAACAAAAGAGAACCGGUUGGACGAAGCCUAACGCAUUUCACAUUUGUAUCACGUCAUAUAAACUUGUAAUUCAAGAUCACCAGAGUUUUCGUCGGAAGAAGUGGAAGUAUUUGAUUCUUGAUGAAGCGCAGAAUAUAAAAAAUUUUAAAUCUCAACGGUGGCAAUUACUGUUAAACUUUCAAACGCAACGGCGUUUAUUAUUAACUGGAACUCCCCUUCAAAAUAACUUAAUGGAACUCUGGUCAUUGAUGCAUUUUUUAAUGCCAAAUGUUUUUCAAUCUCAUCGUGAGUUCAAAGAAUGGUUUAGUAAUCCUGUUACUGGAAUGAUUGAAGGAAAUAGCGAAUACAACGAAAAUAUUAUUCGCCGUUUACAUAAGGUUUUGCGUCCAUUUCUUCUACGAAGGUUAAAAACAGAAGUAGAAAAACAAUUACCAAAGAAAUAUGAGCAUGUACAUAUGUGCCGAUUGUCAAAACGACAAAGAUUUUUAUAUGAUGAUUUCAUGUCACGAGCAAAAACAAAAGAGACUUUAGCUAGUGGUAAUUUAUUAAGCGUCAUCAAUGUAUUGAUGCAGUUAAGAAAGGUCUGUAAUCAUCCAAAUCUAUUUGAAGUCAGACCUACUGUAUCACCAUUUCAAAUGGAAGGCAUUGAGUUUAUUACUGCGUCAUUAGUCUGGAGUGCUCUUGAUUACGAUCCUUUCAAACACGUUGAUCUAUCAUUUUUAAACCUGAAUCUAGCAGAUUUAGAAGGAAGUUUGACAGCAUUUACCGCUCAUAGGGUUCGACGUUUAAAAACUCCACGAAAAUUAAUUGAAGAAAUUGAUAGUCGACCACCUUCACCUCCUCGUUGUCCGUCUGGAAAAAUAAAAAUUAAUGUCAGAUUAUCAAACCAAGCUAAAGCACCGCCAGUUGUUUCUCCAGCUCAAUCAUCAAAACUUAAAAAUCUUACCGGAAUGAUGCCUCCACCUAGAAGUAGUACAUCAUCCUUUGUAAAGCCAUUAAAUAAUCAAGCUACUGGAACGGGUGUAACACUAAGGGUAGCAGGAGGACAACAACUUCAAGGACUUUCAGUUCAACUUGUACAACACCAGGGAAACGUUAAAGCCAUUCCAGUAGGCACAAUCACGCACAAUUCUCAGACAACAACUGCAAUAACACCUACAACGACUACCGUAACUCCACAAAAGAUAACCGUUAGUAAUGCAGCCAGUAUCAGAGAUGGUCUUCAACGAAUAACCACACAAACAGUCACAGUGAAGCAAGGUGAUUCGGUUCAGAGAAUUUCUGUUCCCGGAUUUGCUCAGUUGGUUCAGACAUCGACUGGUAGACAUAUUCUCCUUACGUCUAAUCAACAGACUACCAAUGCCGUUUCUUUUCCUAUGAUGACUCCGAGUGGUCAAAGACUGACAGUACUUUCUCCAAAAUUCACCCCAGUAAAUAAAGUCGUUGGAAAUGUAGUGACAACAGCAGCUACUACUGUUAGUGGAAGACCUGUAAUGAGAGUGCCUCCACUUAGUGUCAGCACCGUAACAACUCCUGGAAUCAUUUCACCGCAACAGCCAUUGCGUUGUGGUAUAGUUACCAGAGGUGGUACUCAUCAAAAAUCAGAAAUUGUAAAACGUACGCGGAAAGAAAGUCCGAAGGUAGACAGUUAUUUAGCACAAUUAGAAGAGGAUCGUCGACAAAGAAGACAAGCAAAGCUGCAAACAUUAGUAAAUAUUAAUGAAAGAAGAUGCGCUGCUUGUCCGCUUUAUGGAGAGGAUCUUUUUACCGCAUUAAGGAUUGAAAAGCCAGCUUCAGGAUGUCAGUGGCAUGGCGGUUGGCUUCAUUGUUCAAAUUCGAAGCAAACUGCACGAACUCGUAAACAAUAUUUUUCUCGAACAGAAGCUCUUGCCCAAGCAAUUAAGUCUACGGAACAGAUUGUUGAGGAACUUAAAGAAAUAUUUGAUCGUUUUGUUGUUUUCGUACCGCCAGUUCGAGCGCCAGUCCCACGUUUCCAUGUAUCUCAUCCACCUCCUCAUAAAUUAUGGAGCCAUCAGAGACUUCAAAUGGUUCUUCAAUGUAAACUAGCACCAAAGUAUGCAAUCUUCCAUCCUGUUAGCAGUGCAAUGUUGACACAGUUUCCUGAUCCACGUCUUAUUCAAUAUGAUUGUGGAAAACUUCAAUCCCUUGAUCGGUUAUUAAGAAAAUUGAAGAGUGGAAAUCAUCGUGUACUUAUUUUCACCCAAAUGACGAGAAUGUUAGAUGUUCUCGAAGCAUUCCUAAAUUACCAUGGACAUAUUUAUUUAAGAUUAGAUGGUACAACGCGAGUUGAUCAACGACAAAUUCUUAUGGAAAGGUUCAACAAUGAUAAAAGAAUUUUCUGUUUUAUUUUGUCUACGAGAUCUGGUGGUGUAGGUGUUAAUCUUACUGGUGCUGAUACUGUCAUCUUUUAUGACAGUGAUUGGAAUCCAACAAUGGACGCUCAAGCGCAAGAUCGUUGCCACAGGAUAGGACAGACACGAGACGUUCAUAUUUACCGACUCGUUAGUGAAAAGACUGUCGAAGAAAAUAUUCUUAAAAAAGCUAAUCAAAAGCGAUUGCUGGGCGAUCUUGCAAUUGAAGGUGGAAAUUUCACGACUGCAUAUUUCAAGAGUUCAACAAUUCAAGAUCUGUUUAAUAUUGAUCAGACUGAGAAUGAUGCAUCAGCACGAAUGGCUGAAGUUAUAGAACAAAACAAAGAGCGCGAAAAAUCAUUACAAAAAGAAUUAUCCAAUUUACCAGUGCCAAUAUCUGAAGACAAGGCUGCAAUAGGUGCUCUGGAAAGUGCAUUAGCUGCAGCUGAAGAAGAUCUUGAUGUUCAGGCUGCAAAAACUGCUAAAGCAGAAGCUGUUGCUGAUCUUGCUGAGUUUGAUGAAAAUAUUCCCUUGGAUGAUGCUGAUCGUGAAGAUUCACAGAUUAGCAAAGCUGAGCAGGAAGUUCAAAAUUUAGUUUCACAGUUAACUCCUGUAGAACGGUAUGCAAUGAAGUUCGUCGAAGAAUCUGAAGGAGCAUUUUCUGCUGCUCAAUUGGCUGCAGCAGAGCGUGAAUUAGAACAGCAGAAAAAAGAAUGGGAGUUGGAUCGACUUCGUGCAUUACGAGAGGAAGAAGAGCGACGAAUGCGGAUGGCCGAUGAUGAUGAGAAGCCGUUGACGUUUAGCCGUGAGGACGCUCAGAAUCAGGUUAACAAUACUAGUAAUUCUAAACGAGUAGGUAAUAAGAAAAGACAGGUUGCUCCAAGUAGACGGAGUUCGCGUAGACGCAGUAGUAGAAGUGCUAGGGAAUCUUCUGAUAGUGAAACUGAAACUUCGACUGAGUCGGAAUCAGAAUCACAAGAAGAUUUAGAUGUUAGUAAUGAUGAACAAUCGAGUCAUACAGAAAGUCAAAGUCAAGGGGAAGAUGAAGAAGAAGAGGUAGCUGAUAGUCACAAUGAAUCAUCAAUAAGACAAAGAAAAUUCGUUAAACGUCGUCCAGGUCGGCCGGGUCGACAAGUUCGUGUACCGAAAACUAAACUUAGGAAAAAUCAUCUUGAUUUAAACAGUCCAAGAACGAGGUCUAGAGGGGAUGUGAAAAUAAAUCUUUGGACUCUUGAUGUUAGUCCAAUACUUCCUGUUGUAAAACGUAAUUUUAAACAUUUACAUUGGAGAAAACGAAAACGGGAAAGUCAGUUAGUAGAAUCGAAUCAUUUUAAAACAGAAAAAAAGAAAUCAGAAAUGCAUGAUGAAGAAAAGUGUCAAGAAAAAUUAAUUGAUGACGAUAAUUCUCCAUCUGAUAAUGAAGAGGCUAAUAAAAUGGCUGAAGAUGAUGGUAAUACUGAAGUAACAAAUUCCGAUAAUUUAGCUGAAAAUAUGUCAGAAAUUAAUUCUGUUGACGCAGUUUCUUUGAGUGAUGAAAGUGACGAGCCAGAAAGAUACGUCACUUAUUCACCACAAAUUAAAUUACAUCCUUGUGAUUCUCCUACGUUUGAUGCUUCGAAAGCUCUUAGAAUAGAAAAAUCUGAAAAUAAGAAUGAAAAUCAAAUAGAAUCGAUUCCUAAACGUACUAGAGGUCGUCGUGGACAUCAUACAAAGAAAAUAAUGUCUUUGGAUGAACAAGAAAAGUAUGAAAAUGAGGCUCCAAUUCAUAUCACCCGUUCUAUGCACAAAUAUAAUAAAUCAACGAAUAAUCAUAGCGAAGAUACAGAGAAUCUUGAUGUUAACGUUGGGUCCCCAAAUAAUAAAUUAAUUUCAAUAUCACCCACGAAUGUUAAUGAAUCUGUAUUUGAUGUUGAAUAUUGUAUUGUGGGAAGUAAGUCUGAGGGUAGAGAGAAAUCCGGAAAUAAUUCUGCCGAUGAUUCAGCGGAGACCAAUGUAGAACGUAAAGUUGAACCAAUUAUUUUAAGGACAACAAGAACUCGAUCAUACCCGAAAAUAACAAUAUCAACUCGAAAUCGUACUUCCAAACUAGUUUAUAAAUCUCAAGAGGAAGAAGAAACCAACACGGCUAAUUCAAGUGAAGAAAAAGAAAAGACUCAAGAAGAAGUAAUAAAAAAUGAUGAAGAAAAAGUUGAUCAAGGAGUAAAAAAAGAAGAAAGAGAAUUAAUGAAAGAAGAAUGCAAGUGCAUUGUUUUACUAGAAAAAUCUCGAGUAGGCGAUGAGAUGAUAAACAAUCAAGAUUUAAAUUCAAAAGAAAAUUCAGAUGUUAAACAAAGUAAAUAUUCUUCAAUAAAAGAUCAUGAAGAGAAUGAAAAUUCAUCAAGUUCUGUUACAAAUCAACCUAUAAAAUUACAUUUAGAUCUUAAAAAGUUGUCUUCAACUGAUGUUUCAUCUCCGAGAAUUUUAACUCGCUUGGCUAAAGCGAAUUCACCAUUCAUGGAAUUAAUUCCAGUGUGUACAGACAUUGAAUCAAGAAAGCAAGCUCGUAGAAUGAGUGUAGACGGUAAAAGACUAAGAAAAACAAGUGGAUUUCAAUCUGAAGAUAAUUGUGAGUCUCAAGAAAGUGAAACAGAAAUGCAAAGUACAAAAAACACUGAAGAGACAUCAAAAGUAAAAAAAACAAUACGUUCUACAAGUCCAUCGGCUGUCGGAAGUGUGAAUGUAACAAAAUCUACAAUAAAAAUUAAUCAAUUAAAUGAAGCAUCGUCAUCACGAGUGACAAGAUCAUCAGCUGGAAUAAAUUAUGAACCUACAAUUAUUCUUUCAAAAUCAUCAUCAUCAUCAUCAACUGAAAGACCUUCGACUCGGUCAAAAGGUACUUUAGAUAAUGGAUUUCUUUUACCAACUCAGAUAAAUCGUAAAAUUAAAUCCUGUUCUUCUCCCAAAUCACCAGAUAUUAAAAAAUCUACUGAUAAUAUUGUAAAUACUUUUCCUAGUAGUCAAAAAAGACGACCAGACACUCCAAUGCCUAAGAAAUUACGAGUUACUAGAUCUGGAAUAGAAUCUAAUUUAAAUUCAAGUAUUCAAAAGCAUAAAAGUAGAUCAUCAAUAACUCUAGAAAAUGAUGUUAACAGUCGAAGUAGAUCUUCUUCACCAGUUCCAAUUGAAAAUUCAACGAAAAGAGAUAUUUCUGAUACUGAUUCCAAUGGGAAUGCUGUUGGAUCGGAAAAUUAUUCACAUAGAAAUGAUAAAGAAACAGUAUCACCAUCAAAUGUAGAAAUAAGUAGUGAAAAGCCUCAAAGAACUGCUAAAGUUGUUGCUAUUCUUACUCUAGAUACUCAUUCGCGAAUUAAUCAUAAUAAAUCGGCAAGUACAACUAUUAAUACAAAGAAAAUUGAUGAACUUCCAAAAAAAGAUGGAACUUUCGAACAAACUUAUGAAGAGUCUCAAGGAAAAACAAGAUCACGAAGUAAUUCAAAGUCCACAACUUCGGGUAGAAUUUCAUCCCCUACUGAUUCGAUUAUAACAGUUGAUUUAGAUAGUGAGUCAGAGAAUGAUGUUGAUUCAUCACAAAAGAAAUUAAGAAAAGGCUCUAAACGUUCACAAAGAUUAUUAAAGUCUCAUUUAAGACAUAAAACCAGUGAAGUACAGUUAGAACACUCUGUAGAUGAAGAUGAUGAUAUACAAUUAGGGCCUAAAAAGUCAAAGUUUAAUUCCUCGGAAAAAUAUAACAAUCGACAAGUAUCUUGAGUUAAGAGUUUUCAUUUUUAAAUUUUAAAUUAAUUAAAUUUAAUAACGUUAUUGUUAUCUUAUUAAAAAUACAAUUAUUUUCAUAUUUCGUUUUCUUUUAUAAUUUUAAUCCUUUAAUUAUAUUAUUCAAAAUUAUAUCAAUCUAAUCUAUAAUGUGAAUCUUGUAAAUAGUCUUUAAAAGUAAUGAUAAAUCAAUUCCGUACUCAGUACAGCAUUGUACUGGCUUUGUUUUUAGACUUAGAAUAAUAGCGUCUUUUUUUGCUUCGACGCAAUGUUGUAUAAAAAUAAUUAAAAGUUAACAAAUGGAGCAAAUAAUGUGACGAAAACAAGGUGAAAAAUAUCAAGCAGAUAUGCAUAAAUAUAAUUUAUAUUUCGUGAUAUAAGCGAGACUCAUGACUGUAUUAUAUUAGAUUAAAUUUUUGAACGGAAAUAACUAAGAAUACGUAAGCAGUCGUAUCUAUAUUAUAUUAACAUUAGGUUUUUUUAAAAGAGGUAUGACCACAUUUGAUUUUUUUUUCUUUUUUUUUUUAAUUCAUUAAAUGAAAAAUAGUGAUUGUAAGGAGGAUGUUAAAUUUUAAAUUUUCAUUUUUUAUAACAUGCAAUACAUUAGCUUAAAUAUUUAAUUAUUUCUUCGUUCUUUCACGACUCAACUUACAUUUCAUAUAGAAACGAAUUAUUAAAGUGACGUACUUUUUUUUUGUCUUAGUAUAUAAAUUAAAAUAAUUUAAGGAUAGUAUGAUGAGAGAUUAAUGCAUAUUGAAUGUUAUAAUGUAUUACAAUGAAUUAUGCUGUGUGCCUGUAUUUUGUAUGAUCGAAUGUGUCGACGAAGGAAAUAAACGAAAUAUUCCUUGCUACAAAAAA